AUGUGGGCAAAGAUACACAAAAACCGCGAUCACAGUCGCCAAACCAGCGGCCAUGCAAUUUUUGUCGAGGCUUCACGCCAGCCUGUUCUGCAGUCCACUUCUGGCAAUCCUCUGCCUCCCAAGGCUGUCUUGAAAGACCUACCCGCGCUGCCAAGUGAUUCGGACAACACACGCAUGGUAUCUUCCAUCUAUUCCCGCGACGAUAGCGGUGUGCGAUUUGCAGAUGGAAACAUGCCAACCUCCCCUAUGCGUGAUUAUGCCGAGUACUCAAGAUAUGCGGACGAUGGGCCUGAUAUAUCCCCGCCUGAUUCUCCAGUCGAUAUGGCCAGUGCAAAGCGUCACUCAGAUGUGUCGCCUAUUGAAAGUGGUGGCCAUUUCUUCGCCGAGGUGCCCAAGAACAAACAAAGUCAUCUACCGGUUCCUCGGAAGCAUCACCGAAGCAGCACAUUGUCAAUAGAGACUGAUAAUCAACAAGCCAGGUUGUCUGACAACCAAGGAUUCGAAGGUGUAUCACACGAGUCUACUAUUGCAGCGACAUCUGUUACCCCGCAGGAAUCACGAAGUGGCAUAGCCGACUCGAAAAGUAAAGAAGGCUCUAAGCUAUUGAGUGCUGGGAAGGAAAAACUUCAGAUGUUCUCCAAACCCCGUGAUCAAAGACCCAAGCAGCAACAGCUUCGUGAACAGUGGAAAGGUGCCAGCGGACGUUUCCCUCUCGUCCCGCCAAUUGACACCAAGAGUUACACAAAGCAUAAUAAACUAUCUCGGCCCAGUGCGCAGCGAGAUACAGAAGCCAAUCGCCACAAUUACAUUGGUCAUAAUGCUUACACAAUCACCACCGUCUCCGCUGGUAAUCCUAUGGUCGAGAAGCCUCGUAGCAAAACGGACCAAUUCAGACUACGUUCGAGGAUUGCAUCGCCAGCAGUGAAGGAUACACCAAGAGGGCCAGGACAAAAUGCCGAUCCUAUCACCGAUGAGAGAGCCACUAACCAGAGCACACUUCCCCUUCAAGGCGAAAUUGAAAUACCCAAGACGGCUGAGGAAAAACCAGAGGAACUCAACAUUUCUGACAUGUUUCAUGAUCUGAAUAUGACUCAGGAGCCGAGGAGUCGAUUUAGCGCUUCAACGUAUGCACCGACUGAAGCUGCAACUACACCACCUGGCAGCAGUCACGCCGACGCACCGCCUGUUCCAUCCACGGAUCACCACUCACCGAUCAUGACGAGAAGACGGCCCAUUCCAAGCUAUGCGGCUUCCAUCAAAAGCAUGAAAAGAAAGCCUGUCUCUACCGAAACCCCGACGUGGCCAGACGCAGACAUGGAGAGCCUCUCUCCGGAACAACAGUCGCAGCGUCGCGUUGAUAGCCUGGAAACUCGACGCAGGCAGCUCUCAUUGCGCAAAGACAGUAUCAGAACAAUGCUUCAUGAACUGACUGAAGUCAUCCAACCUAGCUCGAUUGCCUAUGACAUGGCCACCCGCGACGAAGUGAAGAAGACCGUCAACUCUUUAAAGGCCGAGCUUGACGAUAUUGGAAAAGAAGACCACGAAAUCGGCCUCAAACUCGUACGACUCUACAAAAACCUGAACAAUGCAGCUGAGUUUGAGCAUAGUACUUUGUGGGUCAAGAGAGUUACCAGUUGA